AUGUCGGAGUCUCAGCCCUCCCAAACCGCCGCCCCGCAAAGCCGCGGCAGUGGCCGUCGACGCGGCCGCGGAGGAGCUCGCCAGUCGGAGCAAUCGCAGAAUAGUGCGGAGGGCACCGGAAGAGCACCAAGAUCGAGGGGUAAUGGACCGCGCCGAGGCGGUGGAGGUAGAGGAGGCCGCGGUGGACAAAAUCGGGGUACCAGCAAGCCAGAGCCAGACGGGGGUUCGGAAAAUGCCACGAGCACGGAGAAAGCCAAGCAACCUGAGGAAGCGGAAGACGAUGUCGAUGAUGGGGAGGUUUGCUUCAUUUGCGCCUCCAAAGUUGAGCAUAACUCGGUGUCUCCGUGCAAUCACCGCACCUGCCAUAUUUGCGCUCUGAGAUUGCGCGCUCUGUACAAGAACAAAGCCUGCGCACACUGUCGGACGGAGGCCAGUUACGUUAUAUUCACAGAUGAUCCCGCGAAGCGCUAUGAAGAGUUCCGGGAUAGCGACUAUUCCCAGAAAGAUGACAACCUUGGUAUCAAGUACGAACAAGAUGAAAUCUUUGAGGAUACAGUCCUAUUGCUCCGCUACAACUGCCCGGACCGGGACUGUGAUGUGGCUUGCUUGGGGUGGCCAGACUUACACCGUCACGUCAAGUCCAAACACGGCAAGGUGAUGUGCGAUCUAUGUACUCGAAAUAAGAAAGUAUUCACCCAUGAGCACGAGCUCUUUACGCAUGCCGAGCUUCGCAAGCACGAAAAGCAUGGGGAUGAUGUUCCGGGGGCUCUCGACCAGAGUGGUUUUAGGGGCCAUCCCGAGUGCGGGUUUUGUCGCCAGAGGUUCUACGGAGACGAUGAACUAUACGCCCACUGUCGUGACCGCCACGAACGAUGCCACAUUUGUGAUAGACUCUCUACAACUCGCCAACACCAAUACUAUAUCGACUAUAGUGCAUUGGAAAGUCACUUUCAGACGGACCACUACCUAUGCCUGGACAAAGAGUGCCUAGAAAAGAAGUUUGUGGUUUUCGAGUCACAAAUGGAUCUUAAAGCUCAUCAACUGGAAAGCCAUCCAAAUGGGAUUCCAGGACGAGAUGCCCGUGUGGACAUGACCGCUUUCGAAUUCAGAACACCCUAUCAACCUCAAAGACAACGCCGUGGCGCCGGCCGCGGACGAGACCCGAAUGCAGAAACCGCUCCUUUAUCAACUGUGCAACCAUUGCGAAGAGAUGAGAUUGCAUACCAACGACAGAUGGCAAUUCAAAGCGCACAGUCUGUUUCGACACGAAGCUUUGGCGGCCAGCUAUCUCGCGACGAAACACAGACUGUGCGUGCUCCUCCACGCUCCUUAGGCCCUACUCCCACUCGAACACCGCCUGCACCUGCGACGCCAGUCAAUGAGUUCGACAAUCUUAAUAUCACAUCAGCUACGCCAGAGGACCAAGCGCGUCGUUUGCGCCACACGGCUGUCAUCGAGCGAGCUUCCAACCUCCUCGGAAAUGACCAGGGUAAGCUUGGUGAAUUCCGCUCCCGAGUCUCUAGCUACCGCACUGCUGGAAUCUCCGCAACUGAACUCAUCGAUGCCUUCUUCUCUCUCUUUGAUACCUCCAGUUCCGAACUCGGGAAACUCAUCAAAGAGCUUGCAGAGAUUUACGAGGAUGAGGGCAAACGGAAUGCGCUGCUUAAAGCUUGGAACGACUGGCGUGCAAUUAACGAGGACUAUCCUGCCCUUCCAGGACCAGGGGGUAGCAUCCCGGGUAUGUCUCCCGGUACCGUGAAUACAAGCGGCACUGGCGGCACCGGUGGCAGGCGUGUACUUCGUCUGAAAUCUUCAACUGCACAAUCUUCCCGCGCUGCUGCCGGCAGGAGCGGGUCAUCCUCGUCAUCUGCUAACCCUUUCCCUCCUCUUUCUUCCUCACGUCCCUUACCUCGCGGCACCGCUUCCGCUGCAGCAUGGGGUGGUACAUCAGUCGCUGCACCUCCACCUCCUCAGUCCCGGACGUACGCAAAUCCAUCUUCUCGCGCAAACAAUACAUCCACAUCUUCGGGUCGCGUCAAUACCCGUGAUGCAGAAGCAUUCCCCUCUCUCCCUGCUGCCCCUAAGCCGAAUGUUCUCAUGGCUGGUCUGACACGUGGGACCGUACGCUGGGAUGAUCGCCGCCCAGCGCCGGCAAAUGCUUGGGCUUCAUCAGCAGACCCUGGGCCUGGUUCUUCCGCAGAUGAUUUCCCGGAUCUCUCAUCAGCUGGAGCAGGGAAGAAGGGUAAGGGUAAAAAGGGAAAACAAACACUUUUCCAUUUCGGAUAA